GGAGGAGGAGGGCUGUCUGCGCUUCGCACUGCGGCGGCGGGCGCAAACGGCGCGCCUGCUUCUCCAGGCCGGAGCGAGCGAGGCCGCGGCCGUUGCAGGCGCCGCGCCGGCCGUGAGUCUUCGCCCGGGCGGUCUCGGAGCGCCGCGAGGAGCUGCCGAGGGGACGGGUAGGCUUCCAAGCCCAGCCUCCUGCAACGGGAGCCCUGCUUCAGCUGUUCUGGACUACAACUUCCAUCGGCUCCCAGCCCGUAUGACCAAUGGCCGAGGAGAUAGGGGUUGUAAUAAACAUUUGGAGGGCACCAGGUUGGGGAAGGCUGUCCUAGUCUCCGCCCUCCCACUGUACAAACUCUUCAGUUUCGCAAAGGAAAGACCCGGACCGUGUUUACUGGUGUGGUUUCCUGUGAUCGUGCCCUGUCACUGGUGAAUGUUUUUGUAGCCAUAUUUAGGCUUGUUGUGGCAUCUUAAAGCGGCCUCCCCCAAUCUAAUGUGCCAGCCAGAUAUUCGGGAUUUCAGUUCUGUCAGUCUUGGCAAGGGUCAGGAGUACUGGGAGCUACAUAGUCUGACUCAACUGGUCAAGGUUGCAUCGAAGGCUAACCAACUUCUUAUUUCCAGCCUUCCCCCAACCUGGUACCCUCUAGAUUCAAUGGAUUACAACUCUGCUGUGAUGAUGCAGAAAGAGGGGCGUUAAUCCAGUACCUUUGGAAAGCACCACAUUGAAGAACAGGUGAUUUCCAGGAUGACUCACAGGAUUACUGACCCGUCCUCCUGUGAUACUUUUGUGGCUCUGCCUCCAGCCACACUGGGCAACAGGACCAUCUUUGGAAAAAACUCAGAUAGGCCCUCUGAUGAAGUCCAGGAGAUUGUAUACUUCCCUGCUGCCACUUAUAAUCCAGGAGAAAAAGUUGAGUGUACUUACAUGGCAAUUGAACAAGUACCGGAAACGUAUGCAGUUGUCCUGAGUCGCCCAUCAUGGCUGUGGGGCGCUGAAAUGGGGGCCAACGAACACGGGGUUUGCAUUGGGAAUGAAGCCGUAUGGGGGAAAGAAGAAGUCUGCGAUGAUGAAGCACUCCUAGGCAUGGAUCUUGUCAGACUUGGGCUCGAAAGAGCUGAUACUGCAGAAAAAGCUGUCAGUGUCAUUGUUGACUUGCUGGGCAAAUAUGGUCAAGGUGGAAACUGUAUGGAGAGCCAUAUGACACUUAAAUACCACAAUAGUUUCCUGAUAGCAGACAGAAAGGAGGCAUGGAUACUGGAAACCUCUGGAAAGCAUUGGGCUGCAGAGAGGGUAGAAGAAGGAGUAAGGAAUAUUUCCAAUCAGCUGUCAAUAACAACCAAGAUAGAUCGUGAGCACCCUGAUGUGAGGAGUUAUGCUGCAAGCAGGGGUUGGUGGGAUGGCAAAAAAGAAUUUGAUUUUGCUGCCACUUAUUCCUAUGUAAAUACUGCCAGAAUGACUACAACAAGAGGGCGAUUCUGUGAAGGCUAUAAACUACUGAAGAAGCACACAGGCAAUAUAACAGCCGAGACAAUGAUGGCAAUCCUUCGGGACAAGGAGAGUGGCAUUAAUAUGGAAGGGGGCUUUAUGACCACUGGCAGCAUGGUUUCCAUACUUCCUCAGGAGCCUCACCUCCCUUGCAUUCAUUUCUUCACUGGAACUCCAGACCCUGACAGGUCUGUCUUUAAACCUUUCAUUUUUGUUCCAAAUAUUACUGAGCUGCUAAAAACUAGUUCUCCAGUGUUUGGCCUGGAGGAUCCAGUUAAAAAGCAACCACGGUUUCAAACCAAGCCAGACAGAAGGCAUGAGCUCUACAGAAAACAUGAAAGUGCACUUGUCAUGAUGGAAUCCUCCAAGGAAAAGGGCGAAAGGAUGAUGGAAAACCUCCGAAAGCUGGAGAAAGAGAAGAUUAAUGAAAUGGAGCAUAUUCUACAGAAUGAAUGCCUUCUCCCUGAUCAAGCUCUUACUCUUUUCUCAAACUCUGUAGAAGAGGAAAUCUGUGCAUAUACCUAGGACAAUACGUAGCAUUCUUAGUGGCUUGCUUUCCAGAGUGCUCUUAUCAUUUGCACAGUACCAGUUGGUCAAGUGGUAUGUACUGGCUGGGUUCACGUGUCACAAGCAAUGCCACGUGGGUCCUUCAGGGCCUAUUUUUUGCAUGGAUGUGUCCAAAAACAAUGAUCAGGCUCAGCACGGCAACUUUUCUUCCCACCUCCAUUUUCUUCCCUCUCAGUCCUCCAGGCAAUAUCCCAGGAGGCACUGUGGGGAAGAACGGGACGCCCGUUGUUUGACAGCCAUGACUGCGGGCUGGGCUGUUGGGCAGAAUCUGCUUCACGUGCCUUGAAGGGUGGAAGAGGACAAGCAGCCACUCAGGCAGCCUCCCCUCCUGAACAAGAGGGGGUGCCCAACGCACCCUUAGGCAUAAGGGAGGGAAAUCCACUGGGCAGCCUGCAGGGGCACUGCUGCUCUCAUGCUUCCCCUGGCAUGUGCCAAGGAAAGCACCCAUGCCAGGAAUGAGAGGCCGCUCAGUUUAGGACGCCUCUUUGGCAAGGCAGAGUGAGAGAGAAGAGCAGCAGGGCAGUCUCCUGAGCUGCACAGCCCCAGACUGGGCACCAGCGCCCAGCUGCUUCCCGCCCUUGCUGCUGGCUCGCUUGCAUUCUCUGUGAUGGAAGUAAACCAGAUCUUUAAUUUGAAAAUGUUAUAAUCUUCCCUACAGUACCUUAGCACUUGUGACGUCUUAAGUUUAAAAAAAGUAUGAAAGACUAAUUAUAAUCCCCCCACUCAAAUUAUUUCUGGGAAAGAAUUUGAUGCACACUGUGAAAAAUACCUUGUCCUCAAGAUGGAUAGUGCAGUUUUAUAUAGGUUGUAAAGUCCAAUAUAAAAUGCCCUUUAUAAAACAGCAUAAAAGAUAGGCUUCCACAGAAAGGACUAAAGCAGCCACAUAAGCCCAGUUUUGAUCUCAUGAGAAACCACAGUCCCACAGAAGAAUGGCUUACUGGGAAUGAGCAAGUGUUCUGGCAUACACUGUUCAUUACUCCUGUUUGGUUUCUCAUCACAGGAGGAGCAGCUAACAGACCAUCUUCCUGGAAUUUCUGGUUUGUUCAUUACAAUAUAUGAAAUGGGGAUUCUGGCUUCUUCUCCAGAACCCUGGUUUUUCUUGACAUCUUAUUCAUUUUUAUUUAACCAAUUUGCCAGGUAAGAGUAAAAUGGUGCACAAACUGUGGUUGUGUAACCAUAUAGAAAGUUAAGAAAGUUGAUUGCAGUCAAGUCCCACUGAGAACAAUAGAAUACAAUGGCCAUAGGUUCUUUGUUUUCAAUGGAUCUUUGCUGCCCUGUCACUUAAGUGCCAUUAUCUAUGCUUAGUGAUGUCUGGGGCAAGAGUAAUAGCAUGUUAAGAACCAACCAAAUAAAAUAGUGAAAAAAUUCUUAGUUACUUUGAUGGAGAGUAAUUAAGGUUCUGAAACAUUGCAGUAGUUUGUUUAUAUGCUUUUACCAGUAUGAAUACAAUUGGCUUGCAUUUUUACUAUUUUGUUGCUCUUCAGAAUGUGUGGAGAGAACACUUCUAACAGCAUGAAAUUGAAAAUACAAAGUGAAAAGCUAAACAACUCCUGUAACUUAUAUAUAGGAAAUGCAGUUGCUGCAUAUUAACAUUGGUAAAAUUAUUGACAUCAAAAGGUUAUCCACCAAUGUCUCAAGUACCAAAAAAAUCAAGUGAAAAUUUAUGUAGAGGGAAGAGUGCGCUAACUCCUAAAGAGAAGCACAAACCUUUGCCAAAAGUUAAGAGCAUUUUAUGUUUCAUCAAUUUCAAUCUAAGGAUGUGGUUAAGCUUUCUUCCAUCAAAAAUCAAGACUUAAAAUCACUUAGUUUUGUGUGGUUUGUGCAGUGAGUUGUAAAUAGAUACAUGAAUGAAAAAAUAAAUGAAAACUAUGGA